CCCCCCCGCGGCCCCCUCUCCGGGCGCCCUGCAAACCCGGAGAAGGGCGUUCGGCCCUCUCAGCGCCUUCCCCUUCCGCAGGCGCUUCGGACGCGGGGCUCGGACACCAUGAACCCCGACGGGGAUCCGCAGGAGCGCCCUGAGGGAGGAGCGGGGCGAGCGGGGCGGACGCCUCAGGCCGAAGAAGCUUUGGAAGACGCUUCGCUCCACUUCUCCAGGGAGCAGUGGGCAGAGGUGGGAGACGGGGAGAAAGGCGGGUACCGGGACGUGAGGAGGAACUCGGACGCGCUCGCCAGCCCAGGUCUCAGGGCCCCGCCACCGGCUUUCCUGUGUCACUGCCACAGACAGGCCACCGAGCUCCAGGAGGGGGACCGUGAGGACUCGGAUGAAGAACGGGCUCCGAGGCAGCAAGUGAAACCCUGGGUGGCCUUCAGAAGGGAACACAGUAAACACCAGAAGGUAACACCCAGGGUGCCAUUAAGCAAUGAAUAUAGUUUUAAGGAAUUGUCAGGAACAGCACAUUUGAUGACUGCAAGUGACUCAGAGCAUGCCCAGAAACCAGUGCCCCCUCCUGGAGAAGCAUGUGCCUUUGGAAAGCCCACUAGACAAAAAUCGGAACUCAGGAGAAAGGAGAUGGACGUGAAGAUGUGCAGCCUACGAGAAAGAAAGGGCCAUGUGCACCAAGAGGUCAGCGAGCCCCAGGAUGAUGACUACCUUUAUUGUGAGAAGUGUCAGAACUUCUUCAUCGACAGCUGUGCUGUGCAUGGACCCCCUACAUUUGUACAGGACAGUGCAGUGGACAAGGGGCAUCCCCACCGCUCAGCCCUCACCCUGCCCCCUGGGUUGAGAAUUGGGCCAUCAGGCAUCCCUGAGGCUGGGCUUGGAGUGUGGAAUGAGGCAGCAGACUUGCCUGUGGGUCUGCACUUUGGCCCCUAUGAAGGACACAUCACAGAAGAUGAAGAGGCAGCCAAGAGCAGAUACUCCUGGCUGAUCGCCAAAGGGAGAAACUGCUAUGAGUAUGUGGAUGGAAAGGACAGAUCCUGGGCCAACUGGAUGAGGUAUGUGAACUGUGCCCGGGAUGAUGAAGAACAGAACCUGGUGGCCUUUCAAUAUCAUGGGCAGAUUUUCUACCGAACCUGCCGGGUCAUCAGGCCAGGCUGUGAGCUGCUGGUCUGGUGUGGGGAUGAGUAUGGCCAGGAGCUGGGCAGCAAGUGGGGCAGCAAGUGGAAGAGACAGCUCGCAGCUCGGAAAGCAGAACCAAAGCCAGAGGUGCACCCAUGUCCCUCCUGCUCUCUGGCCUUCUCCAGUCAGAAAUUCCUCAGCCAGCAUGUGAAAUUCAAUCAUCCCUCUCAGAUUCUCCCGGGAACAUCUGCAAGAAAACACCUCCAAGCAGAGGAGCCCUGUCCAGAGGAUCAGAAUCAGCAGCAGCAACAUACUAGUACAUGCAGCUGGAAUGAUAAAGCUGAAGGUCAGGAAGUCAAAGAAAGGUCCAAACCUUUGCUUAAAAAGAUCAGUCAGAGGAGAAUCUCAAGACCCUCUUUCCAAACUUCCAAAGAACAAAUGAGGACCUCUAGUGAGCAUGAGAGAAUGAUGGAGGAGGAGCCCCGCAGAGGCCAGAAAGAGAGUCCAGAGGACACCGUCUGUACAAUGGAAAUGGGAACUCCAGCCUUUCCAUUUGACAUUCAAUGUUGAGUGUGCACAGACAGAAUCUGGCAAGAGGAUCACUGAGAUCACAAGUCCUGCUGAACAGCCUUCAGUGCCCUUGUCUUCCAGGUCUUUAGUGCUGGACAAAGGAAGAUAAGGACAGAGUAGGGGUCUGUAGCCAAAUUCAGAAUUUCAGCAGACCCCACUGUUUUUCCCACAUAGACUCAGCUGCCCUGAGAAGGAGGCCUGAGGUGGGAGAUUAACGACCCUCCAGGUCACCACCCUCUCACUGAGCCUGGGCAUCCUCAGAGCCCACCCCUUGCUGAGAACUGACACUGAGAACAGCACCUUCCUGCACUGGUGUGUUAGGAUAGAUGGUAAGCCAAGGCAGGGAGGACAAGGAAGACAGGUCUCACCCACUAACUCAGCAGUCCUGAGCCUGGUCCAAUUCUAUUGCCUAGAUGGUGCAGCAUCACAA